AUGACCCAGUCAAAUAUUACUUUUGCAGUAAAUGUUGUAAGCCAGUUCAUAUCUGCAUAUGUGAAACAUUGGACUGCUCUAGAACAAAUUCUAUGUUAUCUAAAAGGGACUCCUAGACUUGGUAUAAUCUAUAAUGAUCAUGGGCAUACUGCACUUGAGUAUUUUUCUGAUGCUGACUGGGUGAUAUCCAAAAGUGAUAGAAGGUCGACUACAGGCUAUUGUGUAUUGGUUGGAGGAAAUCUAGUGUCUUGGAAAAGUAAGAAGCAAAAUAUGGUAUCCAGAUCCAGUGCUGAAUCAGAAUACAGGGCCAUGACUCAAUCCACUUAUGAGAUUCUAUGGAUGAAUCAUCUGCUGAAGAAAGUUAGUAUGGAUGUUACGUCAUCCGCGAAACUUUAG